AUCGAUUAGAGAGUCGAAAGAUAUGAAAGCUAUCUUAUCUAUUUGAUAAAUCGGUUUAUUUGUAUUUAUAUUCGGUGAAUUGUAUCAAAUUCAAACGACGUAAACUUGAACAUAACAUUCGUUCCAAAAAGCAAUGGCAGACGAAUUUUUCAGGAGUCCACAAGGCUGGUGGUUCCUUUCGAAUUUGAGUGAUGACGAUUAUUUGAACCAAAACAAUCCAACGGUUGCCGGUGUUUUUCAAAAUCCACCAACGAAUGAUACCCUGACAACAACAGAAGACACUAUUUAUGAGUCAUUAGAAGCUGCCGAAGCCACAAGUAAAUUAACAUGUACCGUACAUAUAUUAGGUAAAGGACCAUUUCUGAGCAGCAUUUGUGGUGUGAAAAAGGCAAACAAGAGAGGGCUUAAUAAACACAAGAAAAAAGUCCACACUGAGAAUUUGGUUGAUAACAUGGGCCAAAGUGUAUCAUUCAAUGCUAGCGGCGAAAAUGACCCUCAUACAAGUGCUGUUGAUCAACAAUCUGGUGUCAAAAGUACAAAAUUGUACAAUUGUAGACUAUGUGGCUGCCGCAUAGAAGAAAACAAAUUGAAAAAGCACCACAGAAAGUGUCAUGAUGGGGUCCCAUUUGAAGAAGACAUUUUUACAUUUAACAAAAUCAAAUUUGAAAAAAAGUGUGAAUUUUGUAGACGUACACUGACACUUACUCGAUUCGAUAAUCACAUGAAAAAAGUGCAUCCAGAGAAACUCGUCCGAAAAAUUCAAUCCGGGAUUCAAGCAGAGAAUCAACCACAAGCUCAACCAAACUUUAAAUCAAUUGAAACAAACAUCGAUGAACCAAUUGGCCAAGUCGUGUCAUCAAACGCCAUUGAACAAGUUAAAAAUCUUGAAAUAACCAAAAAAUCGGAAAUGAAAUCAAAUUUUUAUGAAAAACCUAUCGCUGCUAUAAUACAAUUGCCUGUAUACAAAUGCAAAAUAUGCAAUCAGGAUCAACUGUUGGAAGAAAAUUUCAGCGAUCAUCAGCAUAGAACCGAAGAACUUGUCAAUAUUUCGAGCAUGCAUACGGAUUUUACGUUCCAAAGUGAAGAGAAACAAUUAGUGUGUACCAUCUGUGGUUUUAAAUUGAAGGAAAAUCAAAUGAAAAAACUCAACAGACACAUAAAAAAGGCUCACCCUGAAAUUCCAUUUGACAAUAUCAUGGCCAUCGAACUCAAAAGUGAACAGUCAAAAGCAUAUUCGAACAGUCAAAAGCUAGUAAAAGUCUUUUUUCCACGCAAAAAUAUUGCAAGGGAUAAAAUCAAAGGCUUUGAAGAAUUCGGUAAAGACUUGGACAAAUUCGGCACUAAUACGAUACAUGUAUAUGAAUGUACUGUAUGUGAACAAAGUUACCUUAUGGAACCAUUUCUACAGAAGCACCACUACAACAAUCAUCGCGAAAUUUCGUACAAUAGAAAUAUUUUCGAAUUCAUCAAUGUCAGGAAAUGUAUCCAAUGUUUUAUGUGUAGAAAAUUAUUGAGUGAAAAUCAAAUCGAAGCACACCUGGGAAAUUGUCAUCUUCAUGAGCCUGUGUAUUUUGCUGAUAACAAAACAGAACGAGAGCCUUCUGAAGUCAACCAAAUAGUAAAUACUAAUCCACAGGAAAAGCGAGAGCCGAGUACCCACAUCGAUGCCAUCGAAAUCUCAAAAGUAUUCAAAUGUAGCUUAUGUUCUGCAAAUGGCAUCUUGAAGCGUAAUCUAUCGCUGCAUCAUACGUUGAAUCACAAGGAUACUACGUUUGAGUUAAAAUCUUUCCUGUUCAGUGGAGUGACUAUCGAAGUGAAAUGCCAAUAUUGUGGCAAGCAAUUGAGAAAAAAUAUUCUUGCAAAACACAUUAGUUUAUUUCAUCCUGAAGUCGCCAUUGGACCAGUGCAGUUAUACAAGUGUAUCAUUUGCGAUACAAAUGACAUAAAGAUCUAUGACUUGAAUGAACACCAUUUGAUACAGCACAACGAAAUUCCGGUGACUGAGAAUAUUUUCCAAGUUAAGGUUGAACCAGUGCGGGAAAUCGAGUUGAGCUCAGAAGAGAACGUCGAAUCCGUUUUGGAAGAAAUGUCAGCAGACUUUGUCGUUCCUACCAAAAAGUGGUAUAAAUGUGGAUUUUGCAAGUCCAGACGCAUUCCUGAGGACAAAUUGAAGGACCAUCAUUCAGAGAAACAUGGUGAAAUUCCGUUUGAAACAAAUAAAUUUCUGGUCACAAUGGUCGAAUCAAAAGAAGAAUCAAAUUCCAAACAAAAAAUUAGCACUGUUGCCCCGAACCCAAAUCGAUGCGAUAAAAGUCCGGCAAUGAGAGUGGAUACUGGUGCCUUGAAUCAAUAUCAAUGCAAAAUUUGCGGUGCCAACGGCUUAGAAAAGAUCCAUUUAGAAGAGCAUCAUUCGACGGAGCACAGCAAUAUUUCAAUGAGUAAAAACAUUUUCAAACUCAUCCCCGCAAGACAGGUGGAAUGUGAUUUCUGUGCAGCACAAUUGAAGAAAAACGGCUUAAACGGCACAUGAAGAACGUUCAUCCAAAUGUGGUCUAUAAUUUCACCAUGCCGUCGAUUGUUUCAACCAAAAUUGCUCGUCCAAUGGAUGAGAGUAACAAGUCUGGUCCAAUCAUUCUAAAACUCUACAAAUGUAAGCUGUGUGGUGUCAAUGGUAUCAAAGAAGGCAGUUUGACAGAACAUCAUUCAACCAAACACAACAAUAUUCCAGGCGACAGAAAAAUAUUUGAGCUCACCGAAGGCAAAUGAUUCAAUGUGAUGAUUGUGGGCAGAAAAUGCACAAUAAUGAACUUCAAACACAUCAAUUGAAGGCUUGUUUCCGACGAAUUAGUCAUGCGAGAAUGAUUUCAUCAUAAUCAAUCUACUGAUAACUUGUCAGUGACAAGCGGUAACACAGAUGUUUGAAUUAUUAAACAAUCCCGACCUAAUCAAUUGUAUUUUCAUUGCAUACUUAGUGGAAUAAACCAGACUACUACACAAGAAAA